AUGUUCGCCGUUCUCACCCUCGUGCCGGCGGCACCGGCGGCGACUGAGCCGUGCACCUGUGCUUUGAAUUGGACGGAUCCAGACAGCGGCCACGCUUGCAGGGAGCCGCAGUUCGGUUGCCCGCCGGUUGCGUGCGACGGACCGUACCCACCGUGGUGCGUCGUCGAGUCGCUGCCGUGCGCCGACCCUGACCCUGACUCAGGCAUCAACACUGGCUUGUACGGCGGAAAUUGGAUUCAUUGCGAGCCGGAGUAUUCGCCAACGCCGCCGAGUUAUCCGCCGCCGCCGCCCUUUGCAGUUGUGCGAAUCGGCGCCCUCUUGCCGCGGCAGCUGCCAAGCGGCGAGUUGAUGCACCUGGGUCGGGCAGAGGAGCUGACGUCCGUGCUCAUGGCAAUCGAGGAAAUCAACAACAAGACAGACGGCGUGGCGGACGAUCUGCUUCCAAACACGCAGCUUUUGCUCGCACACCGCGACUCGCGCUGCGACCCGGCAUUCGGCAGCGACGCGGCCUACCAGCUACUGCACCACGCGUUCGACGGCGCCGGCUGCGACGCGCUGGUUGGUGCAUACUGCUCAAGCGCGUCCAUCCCCGCUGCGAGGCUGGCGGAGCUGACGGCCACCCCGCAGGUCUCUCACUCCUCUCAGAGCCCGGAAUUGAGCGGCGACGACUUUCCCUUCUUUGCGCGGGUUGUCACCUCUGACUCCCUCAUGGCUGUGGCUUUGGCUGAGGCCACUCGAAAUCUCCUCGGCGUCAAGCGCGUGGCCACCAUUGCGUGCACGGACGCAUACUGCACCGCCGGCGUGGCGGCCUUUGAGGCGGCUGCGUCUGCUCAAGGAAUCACCAUCAUUGAGUCCGUCCGCUUCGAAAACGGUCAGAGCAACCUCGGCGAGCCCCUCGGUGCUUUGCGCGCCUCGUGUGCGACCGUCUUUGUCGCCAUUGCUCUUGCAGAGGAUGCAGAUCGCCUUUUGGAGCAAGCCCUCGGUGCACGGCUCGUCGGCCCUGAAUUCACCUGGGUUGGCGACAUCGGUCUGUUCGAAGGGCUGGGCUCGCUGGCCGGCCGUGGCCUCCCCGUGGACGAUUUCCGCGGAAUACUCGCGAUCACAAACUCAAUCGCGCCAAGCGUGGCGUACGACGGCUACGCCUCUCGCAAGCGCGCACGGCCAUCCACGCUCGGCGACGGGACAAAUUGCGACCCGGCAGACGACGACGAGGGGCACAAACUCUGGUCAGUUGAUACGGAUGAGGAUAGAGCGCCACGCUGCUUCGGUGCCAACAAUCAGUUUCCCGAGAGCGUCUAUGCCCCGAGAGCUUACGACGCUGUGUACGCUGUGGCGCACGCAGUCCAAGCGCUGGUGGACGACCCGUUGGUUCAGCGUAUCGACGGCGACGCUUUGAUGGCGGCCCUUCUCGCCGUCCGGUUCGACGGCGUGACGGGCAAAGUCUCCUUCUCGUCCGAGCCGGCCACCCUCGGCGACCGCGCGGGUGGCGUCCUUUACGACGUGAUGAACGUAAACGCGUCAGGCGCGUGGGUCAAGCUGGGCACCUGGCAGCCGGCCGACAACUGGGAGCAGAGCUUUGCCGGCAACGGUCAGGCGCUGACGAGGCCAACGCCCGACAACAGCAAGCCGCCAGAACUCGUGGGCGACACGCUGCGCGUCGGAGUCUUUUGUGAUGAUCAUGUUGGCGAGUCGGAGUGCCAGCAUGUGAUGCACAUCAUUGACCGGAUCAAUGACAAGAAGGACGGCUUCCUAGACGACUUACUUCCGGAUCACACGCUCUUCUACUCUAUGGUUCAGACAGGGACCACCGGCUGUGCCGAGUCUGAGGCCAUUCGAAGCCAGUUCGAUCAGCUGUACUCCGACUUGAAUGGAGUAGUCGCCACCAUCGGCCCGUUCUGUUCGGAUGACGUGGCUGCUGUGACAGCCGCCGAGUGGCGCGCUGGAGCCGACGUCUCUACCGUCGUGCUCUCGCCGUCGUCGACGGCUCCGAUCUUGGCGAACGUGGGCGCAUACCCGAACCUGUUGCGCCUCUCGAGCAACGACAAGCACAUACAGUCUGCCGUUGCAGCACUCGCAGAGCGGCUGGGAUGGCAAGCCAUUUGCGUGCUCCAUGACGACGGUCUAUGGGGACGCGGGGUCAUGCAGUCUUUCACCUCAAUCUUUGAGAGCUCAGGUGGGAAAAUCGUAAACAAUGGCACGGCGGAAUUUUCCAAGGCAGCUUUUGACGGCGGCAACUUGACAGGGAGCGACCUGCUCGACCAGCUCGAAGACUGCCAAAUCAUCCUCCUCGCCGCCUACCCGGAUGCGCAGCGGGCUGUGUUUGCUGCCUCCUAUGACGAAGGUCGGCUUUGGGGGCCGGGCUACGCUUGGCUCAACGUGCUUCCGGCUGAGGAAGCCCUCUACAAUGCAGAUGGCUCGGUGAACUCCCUAAAGUAUCAGGCGCUGUGGGAUGAGGUGUCGAGCAGUCAGGGCUGCACCAACAUGAGCCCGCAGUCCCGACCCUUCUGCGACCACGACGACGACGCCUCGACGCUUCCCGAUUACACGGCAAUGCGCGUGGAUGCAGUGAUCAAGCUCGCAGUCUCUGCCGAUGCUGCGAUCCGCAACGGCUCACGGCCAGGAGACGCAGAUGCGCUGUACGCGACGAUGCUGGCAGCUGACACCGUGACGGGGCUGAGCGGGCCUCUUGUUUUCGACGACAGCGGAGAUCGACUCGGUACCUUGGAGGUGCUCAACUACCGGCUGCUCACCGAAGCCUCUCAGUCAGGGCGCCGCCUUAGCUCGGUACUUCUGCCGCGUUCGUUGCUUGAGUUCUCAAUCGUGGGCAGCUACUCUACCGCAACCUCGACACUGCAGCUGCCAGACGUUGGCGCUCUCGUCUUCUCCGGGGGAUCGACGGAGCCCGUGCAGCUGGAGCCGCUCACAGACGGCAACAAGUAUCAUCUCUUUCUGUCCCAUUCGUGGCUUUCCGGACAGGAUGCUGUCCGAGUGAUGAAGGAACGGCUGCUCAAUCUCUUGCCGGACACGAAGAUCUUUCUCGACGUGGACGACUUGGCGUCCGGGCGAGGCGCAGCCGAAGUUGCUAUGUCCAAGAUUCUCGUCGUCUUUUUGUCGGAUGGCUACCUCACGCGCCCCAACACCGUGCGCGAACUGCUUCGGGCGAUGAGCCUGCAAAAAAUCGUUAUCACCGUCUACGAUGAGCGCAGCGUCUACAUGGACAAAGGUGUGCUCCGAGCAGCGAUCGAAGCAGCUUGCCUGAACCUUUCGAGGUGGGGUCUCGACGGCGACUUGGCGGCCUGGGGCGCAGAGGUCCCGACCACGGCCGACAUCUUUGCUGCGCUGACAGCACAGCCUCUCCUGUGGACUCGUGUCCCAGCUUUCAUGAACGUCACUUUGCAGGCGUGCGUGACACCGCUGGUUCAGCCCAAGGCGCCCAUGUUGCGACCAAGCGCAGACGGGAAAGCGAAUCUCUCCCCGGAGGCGCUCCAGCGCACAGUCGAGAUGCUGGUUCAGCCCAAGGCGCUCAUCUUGCAAUCUGUCCCGUCUUGGGCGCAGAAGGGGCUUGGUCGCGCAGACGGGAAAGCGAGUCUCUCCCCGGAGGCGCUCGAGCGCGCAAUCGAGAUGAUGCAGGCUGCUGCUGAGCCUGGCGCGGCGGCUUCGACGAGGCUGUACACGCGAGCCGGCAUUGGCUUCACCUGGCAGAGGCUCCGCGCUGGAGAGAGAUUUCGAAUCUACGCCAGCCCACACAACCCCGGCGCGCUCGAGCUCACCCAGGAGCUGUCUUGCCUGCUGCAGCACCUCGACAUAGAGCUCGAAGUGACGACCUCCGUCGCCGACCUCACGGCCUGCAGCCACAUGCUGCUGUACCUCGACAAGCGCACCUGGACGGACGAUGACCAGCGGAUAGCCGCGCUCUCAAGCGACGUGAAGGCCGCCCUGGCCGGGCGCGUUCACCUGCUUCUGGUUCACGAGAGCGAGCCGUUUGAGUACAUGGCGGGCAGCCACGCCGGCGUCAAGUUCGACGACCUCCUCGACUGCGUGGAUGGCGCGACCCCCAUCGAGCUGCUUCAGCGACAGGUCUACGCGGAGGUUGCGGUGCCGCUCAAAGAAGGCAUCUAUCGGCCCGCAAGCCUGCUGCUGCUCGCACGCGCUGUCGGCGACCAGACGCGGACUUCGGCGCUGCGACAGCUCACUUUUUCCUCCAAAGAGCUGCGCCUGCCCUCUAUGACUUUGGCGGAGGGCAGUGCGAGUCUGAUGAGCCGGAGCAAACAUGACCCCGCGAGCCGGCAGAACACACCACACGGACGGAGGAGGGCGCUCCCUCCUCUCUGAGGGUUGGAUGGUCCGGACCUGCCCGGCAUUUGGGUACCACUUUGCCCACGCUGCAGUCGCGUUGCCAAGGCCUGCUAGCAUCUUUGGUACGUCGUCCUCUGUCGUCCUCUGUCGUCCUACGUAGAGAUAAUGUACAAUUGCAA